AUGGCAUCUUCUUCUGCUGCUGGUGGAGCAAGGGGGGUUGGAGCAGCUUCAGAUGUUGAUGCAGCUAUCCUACGUGCAACCUUAACAGAGGCUGCCUUUUCUAGUGGCCGUGCCAAGCGCAUGGUGCUUCCUUGGGAGGAAGGUGGCCUGGAGCUUAUCUUUGGUGAGAGCACUUUGGAUACAAUGCUGUCAGUCGUCCCAAGUCGGGUGGAAUAUCCCACACCUGAUGUGCCUGCUGAGCCAGUUGAAUCUCAGGCGAGGGUGGCCAAGAGAGCCAGACUUUUCGACCCUGACAGGCCAUGUUUUGCAGAUGUCAUUAGGUUCAACAUGAAAGUGAGCGAUCAAGAUCUAGAAGACGGACGCUGGAGGAAGGGUCUGGAAAAGUGGUUUGUGCUGCUUACUGAAGAUCCUUCUGUUUCUCUGGUGGGCAGUUCGGUUUGUGGUCUUCCAUUGGUCGAUGCUUUUCAAGUGCUGAGGGAGCUUUUCGGUCUCAAGUCGGCGUCUACAGUGGACAAGCGGGCAUCUAGUCUGAUGCGCUUUAUCAAGUGGAUGCAUGCAGAGCGACCCUUUGGUCGAGCUUUCCCUUUCAACACUAAAAGUAUCGAUGAGUAUGUCAAACACCUGAAAGAGAUGGAGGCAAAGGUUGGCGCGGUGGAUGGCUUCUUUGAGGCUGUGCGUUUUGCAGUGCAUGUCGUUGGAGUGAGCCACGUUGAAGAGUCGCAUCACCUUUUUAGCCCCUGGUCCAAGGGUUACCAAGGGCUGCUUCAGUCACGGAAGCCGGAACGCGUCAAGGCUGCUGUUCUUAAGGUGGAGCAAGUGUUUUUCCUUGAAAACUUUCUUCGAGAUGACAAGAUGGACAUUCAGGACAGAUAUGCUGAUGGCUGCUUCUUGUUCUGCCUUUAUUCCAGGAGUCGCAUCAGUGAUAUCCGUCAAGUGCAUUCCUUGGUUUGGGACGUUGUUGGAACAGGGGAUCAAAUCACAGGCUUCAUCGAGUGUGCUACCCGCUGUCACAAGACGGCGAAGCAGGCCGCGGUGCAGGGAGUUUCUAUGCCGCUGGUUGCACCCAUCAAUGGGAUUGCAGAUUUUUCUUGGGGCCUUGUGUUCAAGGAGGUUGCUGAAAGUGCAGGGCUCCCUCUCGAUGCUGGCCGUAAAGGACCUCUGCUCCCAGCUCCUGACGAGUGCGGAGGUUGGACUCAAAGGUCUGUUUCGACUGUUGAAGCUGGAGAGUGGCUGCGAGCAUUGCUGGAGAAGGGCUCCAUGUUGUCUUCAGGAGUUUCUGGGCAUUCGCUCAAGCACACUACCCUGGACUGGUGUGGGAAGUUUGGGUUGGAGGAUGUGCACCAGACCCUCCUGGGACAUCAUUCCUUGAAAAAGGCUACUAUGUAUGCAUACAUGCGCGACAAGCUGGCUUCUCCUCUACGAGAAUAUGAACGAAUGUUGAACGCCGUGAAGCAUUCGCUGUUUCUACCUGACUCCACGAGGUCAGGCCUUUUUCCCGCGGGCGAGGCUUCCGAGCAUUCCGGCCCUGCCCCUUUCGGUCUGUUUGGCGCGGCUGGACAAAGCGCAGAUGGCAGUUUGGAAGGGUCGCCUGGACUUGUUGACUUGGAAGUUGGCGCAGGGCCGAUCGAGGAGGGGGGUGUUGGUGAGGAGCAGUCUGAUGCCGAAGAGGGUUCUAGCUCUAGUUCGUCCUCGAGUUCUUCGUCCGAGUCCUCUGAGGAUGAUUGGGUCGGCGGCCUCGAUGCUAUGACUAAGGUCCAUGUGCCUCUGACGUCGCUGCCUGCCAUAACUUUAGAGCAUUGGCAGCACCAGAGGACUCGAACCAUUCACACAUGUGCAGUUGGAACGUCAAGUGGGUUGUUCAUGUGUGGACGAAAGCAGACUUCUGAUUUUCGUUUGAUUGAUGUUAGUUCCUUCUAUGACGUGCGACUUUGCGAGGUUUGUCGCAAAAGUAAGCCGCUGAAAGACAGCGGGUCUGUGGUUGCUGCGUUGGAACAGGCCCAACGCGGCUCCGAAUAA